UGGCAGCUCUAAUUGCUAAUUGUGCCAAAAAUAAAAAAAAAUAAAAGGAAAAACGCCCGUUCUUUUAUAUUUGCCAUAUUGUUAUUCAAGAAAAAUCGUAGAAGAAUCAAAUAAGUUGAACUACAUUUAUAAAACAGCGGUGCUGUGGUCAUUUACACAUUAACUAUAAAAUUCAAGCAAAAUUUGGGAUUUUUAAGAAAAAACACGUAAAGAUAUCUUCUUCCGUCCCAGGAUUAUCGUUUUGCCGCCUAUUGUGUAGAAGCGACAUGUAAAGUCAUCUCAAUACUAAAAAGGAAUAUAAUGCCGAACAUACGGGACAGCAAUAGUUCAGCGCCUGAAUUUCCUAGUGAAGGGUGGAUAGGAACCUUACUCGUUUUGGCGCUUGGAGGUUUACAACAAUUAAAGUUGAUUUGCCAGCAACGAUACAAAUGAAUCAGCCUUUGCCGUUACGCCAGGAGCACUUGCUGACGCAGGAAAUAUUCAUUGUGAUUGAAAUGCCAAAAUAUAAUUCUUUUUCAGGGCACAGACAAUUUUUGAGAGCGAAAAUUACGUUUAUAUGGCGGAAAAUAGGAGAGAUGUGAAUUUUGUUACACGCACAUUCGAUCGCAGUCCGUCUAAAAGCCAGUAUUUGGUAGGGGUUAUCGACGACGGCACUUCUACUGUCUCUUUCUCUAUAUAUACUACACCCGACUUUAAGGAAAUUGCUUCUCAUCAAUUGAGUAUACCGAUGAUCUCUCCUAAGCCGGGUUGGUACGAACAAGAUGCCAUGGCCGUUAUCAACAACAUGUACCGUUGCAUUGAAAUAACAAUGAGUAUGUUGGCGUCUUUGGGAUAUAAAAAGGAAGACUUGGUUACCAUUGGCAUCACAAAUCAACGGGAAACCACCAUUAUGUGGGACGCUAUUACCGGCAAACCGUUGCACAAUGCCAUUGUCUGGAAUGAUAUACGCACAAGUUCCACCGUUGAUCAGAUAGUGGUGCAUAUACCUGAUAAAAAUAUAAAUCAUUUUAAGGAUAAAUGCGGCCUACCAAUAUCACCAUAUUUUCCGGCCUUAAAAAUACGCUGGCUCAUGGAGAAUGUGCCCGCUAUACAAAGAGCAUGUCGAGAAAAACGUUGCAAAGCUGGCACUAUUGACAGUUGGAUAAUUUGGCACUUAACCAAGGGUGGACUACACAUAACCGACGUAACAAAUGCUUCACGUACUCUGCUUAUGAAUAUUUCAACUUUACAGUGGGAUCAUACGUUACUUAAAGCUUUCUUUAUAGAGAUUGAAAUGCUACCUCAAAUACGUAGCUCUUCCGAAAUAUAUGGUAUCGUUACCGAUGAGCGCACCUCGUUGCUUGGUGUAAAGAUAAGCGGAAUAUUGGGCAAUCAGCAAGCGUCAUUACUGGGUCAAAUGUGCAUAAAGCCCGGUCAGGCCAAAAAUACUUAUCGAGCGGGUUGCUUUCUAUUGUGCAAUACCGGUCACGUACCCGUUAUAUCAAGGCAUGGUUUGUUAACAACCGUUGCUUACAAGUUGGGAUCAAAUAAUCCCGCCACGUAUGCUUUGGAGGGCGCGGUAGCGGUAGCUGGUCAUGCUUUGGAGUGGUUAGAGCACCAAGUUCGCAUUUUGCCCAGACUUGAAGACGCUGAAAAAUAUGCUGCAGCUGUACCUACAACCGGAGAUGUAUACUUUGUGCCCGCUUUUACAGGUUUGUAUGCGCCAUAUUGGCGAAAAGAUGCUCGGGGCCUAAUAGUCGGCCUUACUCAGUUUUCUACUAAACAUCACAUUAUAAGAGCCGCUUUAGAAGCAAUAUGUUUCCAAACACGUGAUAUAUUAGAGAUCAUGUAUAAGGAAACAGAGCAAGAAAUUGAUAAAUUACAUGCCGAUGGUCAGCUAUCCAAAAACAAUCUGUUAAUGCAGUUACAAGCGGAUACUGUUGGCAUUCCAGUAUUUCGUUCCCAACUGUUCGAUUGUGCACCUUUUGGUGUUGCCAUGUGUGCUGCACAGGCGCACGGUAUAGAUCUUUGUCGCUUCGAUCCAGAUAAAAAGGAGUAUUUUAACGUCUUUUAUGAUCAAUUCAUGCCAGCAAGUACAGAUGAGGAGCGAAAACAUCGAUACGGCAAAUGGAAAAGGGCUGUACAACGCAGUUUUGAUUGGGCCGUUCCCACAAAGCUGAAUGUUGGCCCUGAUAUAAGCCGCCCCACUAAGAUAUAUGUUAUGCCGCUUAGUUUAUUCUUCUUGAUCUCUUUUGCCAUGAUUAUUCAUUCAUGGAAAUAGCAUAUAAUCUCAGUUAAUUGAAAAAAAGAAGAAAAAAAAACCAAAAAGACGUAAUUAUAUUAGGUGGUUGCAUGUAUUUUGAUAGUA